CCAAAGUGGAAGGAAAGCUCUGUGGCCUUUCAAUGGAAGAAGAAAGUGCGAGAUUUGCCCGUGUUGUAUAAUAUCCACUAUUCUCAGGGUCCAUAUUUGUUUUGGAACGAUCGAAAGCAUCUCCAGUUGACGUGAGCGACAGGAACGGGCGUCAAACAUGCGUAAAAAUCAACGCUGUCCAAGCAGGGAACCGCCGAGAAAGGACUUAUCGCCGCUCAUCUGAGGCCAAUCUCGGUUAUUUUUUUUGUCAAAUAAGGAAACAUAACGUAGCUAGCCGGCUAACGUUAGCACCGCAGAUAGCUAGGGCAGCGACACAUCUUCAGACCAAAGCGGGCUCCGGCAGGUGAUCAACAUUGGAUCUGCGUUCGCCCAGCGACAGGAAAACCUAUAGGCAACAAUGGGUGCAUUCCUGGACAAGCCGAAAACAGAGAAGCACAGUGCCCACGGUGAUGGCAAUGGGCUGCAGUAUGGCCUGAGCUCCAUGCAGGGAUGGCGGGUGGAGAUGGAAGAUGCCCAUACAGCUGCGGUGGGUCUUCCACAUGGACUUACCGACUGGUCCUUCUUUGCCGUCUAUGAUGGCCAUGCAGGGUCCCGGGUGGCCAACUACUGCUCUGGCCACCUGCUGGAACACAUCUUGUCUGGAGGGGCAGAAUUUGUGCCUGGAUCCGGCUCUGUGGAGGGCGUGAAGGACGGCAUCCGCUCAGGCUUCCUGAACAUUGACGAGUACAUGCGCAGCUUCACUGACCUGCGGCAGGGCAUGGACCGCAGUGGAUCAACAGCUGUGUGCGUGUUGCUCAGCCCGACCCACCUCUACUUCAUUAACUGCGGCGAUUCGCGGGCCGUGCUGUGUCGAGACAGCAAGUUGGGCUUCUCCACCCAGGACCACAAGCCCUGCAACCCCCGUGAAAAGGAGCGCAUCCAGAACGCUGGCGGCUCAGUCAUGAUCCAGAGGGUGAACGGCUCCCUGGCUGUGUCCCGGGCCCUGGGGGACUAUGACUACAAAUGUGUGGAUGGUAAGGGCCCCACGGAGCAGCUGGUAAGCCCUGAGCCCGAGGUGUGUGUGUUGGAACGAGCGCCCGAAGGAGACGAGUUUGUGGUGCUGGCGUGUGAUGGAAUCUGGGACGUCAUGUCCAACGAGGAGCUGUGCGAGUUUGUCCGCUCACGACUGCUGGUGUGUGAUGACCUGGAGAAGGUCUGUAACUCUGUGGUGGACUGCUGUCUACAUAAGGGGAGCAGGGACAAUAUGAGUGUGGUGUUGGUGUGUUUACCCGGAGCUCCGAAGAUCUCAGAGGAGGCUGUGAAAAAAGAAGAGGAAUUGGAUAAAUACCUGGAGUCCCGUGUUGAGGAUCUACUGGCAGGUUGUGGGGACGCAGGAGUCCCUGACCUGGUGUCUGUCCUAAGGAGCAUUGCCACAGAGAACAUCCCCAACCUUCCACCUGGUGGCGGCCUGGCCAGCAAACGCAGUGUGAUCGAGGCGGUGUACAACAAGCUGAACCCUCACAGAGAAGAGGAAGGCGCCUUUGCGGGGGGAGAGGAGGAGAGUGAGGAGGGAGGUGGCAAUACGGCGGCACAUCUGCUGGAGGCUCUUCGGCAGUUCCGCCUCCACCACCGGGGGCAGUAUCGCGCAGUGCUGGAGGAUACCCUGGCCACCUACCAAGUGCGGGGGGAGAGCGCCGCUGAGGGAACAGGGGCGAGCAGGAGGACCUUGGACUGCGACAAUGACGGCCAGAAGCAGCCCACCUCACCUCCCUCUCCCCCCUCGCCCCCGCCCUCACCUGCCACUGCAGAGCCGGAGGCCAGCGAGGAUGCGCCCACCCCCGAGUUAAAUCCCUCCUCUGACUGAGCACCCCGCCUGCAAAGCAACCCAACCAGCCAUCUCUCCCUCAGACUCCAGCGCUCUAGUCGUGCUAUGACCUCUCCGCUUUCCUGCAGCACAGAAUUUGAAUUUACACAUCGGCCAUUUCCGGUUUUGUCUUCAGCUUCAGCUGCAACUCGUAUACCCGUAACAAUAUUUUAACAACUCUCUGUAAACACAAAUGGCCCCUCUGUCUGUUCAAGUUCUGUCUGCAAGCCACAUUUAUUACAUAAACCUAAUGAAGACUCUUUCGCUCCCUGAUUUUCUCUCCCCCUUUUCCUCCUGUCCACCUCGGCUUUUAUUCCCAAAACUGACCAAGCCACUUUUACAUCACACACUCAUGUUUGCAACAGAAUCACAGUGAAUCAUUGUGUAAAGUGUAAAAGUGGCUUGUGAAGAAGAAAAAAAAAAUGAACAUGGCACUCCACAAUCUACGAUUCCUGGUGUUGGCUUCUGGCUGAUUUCCUACCUGAACACCUCCUCUCCCCCAGCCUCACCCCCUCACAUCUGCUUACAAUGGACAGAGAAAAGGAGAGGGGACACUCUGAACUGCAGCUGUGUCUCCAGGCCUGCUCCAUCUACAGACUCAAAACACACUCUUUUAUGUUUGUGUGUGUGUGUAUGUAUGUGUGUGUGUGCUUGAGUGAGCGAGAGUUUGAGAGACUAAUCACUUCUACACACAUUUUCUGAUUUAACGGAUGAUACUUGAGUGUUAACCGUUUAUCAGCACAAUCGCAGGGGCAGUUAAACAACGGACGGAUGCGUGGGGUGGGUGUUUACUUGUAGUUUGAGCGAAAGUUGAUUUAAAUAAUUCUCUCACCACAUAUCCCAGAUUCUACAACAUCACAGUACAGUAACACUGCCUCACAAUCACACACAAAGAGGUUUAAAUCUGCUUCUUCUUGGUGCAGCACUAGAGAGGGUAAGACUGCAGUGUGGUUUUUGGUACGUUCCAAAGCACAAGUGGUCAAACCUGCUUACAGUUGACAUGUUGGCAUACACACUAGCAUGCUAACAUUUAGCAUUUCACUUGUUGGCAUGCAAAAAUUCCGUUUGUAAUGUUUUUUGAGUUGGCUUACUAAUAUGGUAAUAUGCAUCCUGUUAGCAUGCUAGCAGGCUAUGUUGGUAUCCAUGUCAUUAGUCUGCAGGGUUUUCUGUCAGGAGCUGAACACAGCAAGUGGAAUAUUUGAACUGAUUAUGGCACUUAGAUGGGUGACCGAGACCACAAUUGUUUCCUUGUACAUCUCAUGCUGCACCUUUUGACCAAAAUGUUGGACCUGGCCAACCACCAUUACAUCCCUAAGGUCACACUGCCACUGUAGCGGGGCUGACCAUAUCCAAUCCAGGCCUGAUACAGCACUUAUACCCUCAGUCACACCUGGAGCAAACGUCGAAUGUGUUGUACCUGAGACACUUGUGCAUCUAUAAUCAGUAAUGUUGUUAUACCUGUGUUUUAAUACAUUUCCCACAGCUAAUGCUGCCAGAUGCUUGUAAUAAAUGUGGCUUUACGAGAGUCGCAGCUUGAUUAAAACCAUCCCCCACAUCUAGCAUAUUUUAUUCCCCACAGGUUGCUGGCUUUAUUCAGAGAGAAACAAUCUGAAACUCUCAGCUCAUUAUAGACGUUUGAUUUAAACAGGCUGCACAAGCUACAGUGUUUAUUCCUUCUCUAUGAAAGCAGGAAGAGGGAGUCUGUAUAAUGCCCUUUACCCAGCCACUCUGGUAAUGCAUGCACUGCCCUUAUCCUUUACAAUAUCUAAAGCACUUAGCUAUCAGGAAGAGAGGUUACGCUAAACACUGUGUGUCUGUCUGUGUGUGUGUGCGUGUCUGUAUGAAUUGUAUUUGUAUGGGGUUUUGUGGGCCUAAUCAGUCCCACGACGUUGAUAAAAUGACAAAUGAACAAAUAAAAAUUUGAGGUAUCAUGCUAAAGCUUUGUGUCAAGUGUCUCAGUGUAAACUGGCUGUCCAGCUGUUUCCUCUCUGUCUGUCAGACCCAUGCCAAGUGAGUCACGUUGAAGAUGUGCAAGUCAGGGUUGUGGUUAGGGAAUUUAAAAAGCUGAGCAAGUCAUAGUUCACCAUUUGCACGUCACAAACAAAUCACAAAAAACCUAAACAGACCUGAAACUGAUUUGGCAGCAUUAAAUACCAUUUCCUCAAAGGUUUUUCUGUGUGUUUAACAAUAUUUAAUGUGUGUAUGUUUCUGUGUUAGCCGACCCUGUGAAGUUUUUGUGAGCAGCUUGAGCCGAAAACAAAUCCUUACCUUGCUCGCCCUCAUCUGUCCGCUUUCAGCCCUCGCCCUAGACUUGUAAUUUUGAGUCGGCUAAUUAAGGACAUUUUAAUCUGUCUUCUCCUUUUUAAAAUAAAAGGCAGCUCCCAGGUGCGAGACAAGUCAAAGAAAAUAAACGCCUGCCACUGUGCUGCUUGAGCUGCCGGUGAUAAGCGCGAGGGAAGGUGCGUGGUCUUAUAGGGACUCCAUUCUCUCCCAUUUCUCCCCCCUGUCUUUCAGUCUUGACAGUCGGCCUUGUGAUUCUCCGCAAGGUGAGUCAUCAGAGGUCUGGGUUCUUGGUGUCUCAACGUGCUGGCCGGGCAGGGGGAUCUCACUGACUUUCACCGUUAUCCAUUCAUUUUGAGUUCAUGAGAGGGCAGUAAGAUCUACUUCUAUUCAAGGCAUCAGGAGCUGUUUGUUAACUAUUGUGUGCAUUGGAAGAUGCAGCUAAAAAAAAAAAGCUAAUACACAACUCUCCUUCUCUUUUUACCCGCCCAGAGCACCGGUGAGCUGGAGGACCCCUGGUAGCCGUGGCAAUAAUCCCCCUUCGUCUCCUCCCGGUGACCGGCUCGUCCAUCCAGAGGAGGAGGUUUCUCUCCAUUGCGCCGUGUCGUUCUCCACUUAAAAAAAAGAGGACAUGUGGUGUGUCUUGGAGUGCGUGAGUGCGUAUGUUGGUUGUGCAUGUGUGUGUGUUUGCAGCAGUGGGACUAAGACGACAAAUGACAAGUACACACACAUGCAUACUGCUUUAGACGUGGAGGAUUCAAAAAACAAAACAAAUUCACUUUUUCAGACAUGUCGAGGUUUUAUGAACUGAAGCAUUGUGAUGGUAGAGAUGAUUUUUACCAUUGAGGUGUUUUUUUUUUUCCUUUUCUUUUCUUGAAUGUUGACAAUGAACGACCGACUUCACAAUGACAUGAGGACCUAUAGUGUGUGUCUGUGUGUGUCUGUGUAUGUGUGUUUGUAUGUGUGAGAGAUGAGUUUGUGUUUCGUGGAGGGCCAAGAGAAGACAGAUGAAGGAUAGAGACUUUGUAAUUCUUCUUCUGGACAUUUUUUUUUCGUGCUCCUGGGUCUGAUAAUUGCCUAACACCUUCGCUUGUACCCCUCGUUAAAAAACACACACACACGCACACACACACUGACACACAGACACCAAAACCAUAAACACCCCCCCACACACACACACACACCCACCAACUCCCACUUCCACCUGUGCACGUUAAGUGCCACUUUUGCAGGGCACUGCAUGAGGACUUAGGUUCUACAUGUACAGCUAUGUGGUUUUCUCGUCGACCCCGGUUUGGACAGCCAUUGGUUGAGACUGACUGAACCCAAAGGACCUCUGGGCUCUGAUUGGCUCCCGACGUGUGAGAAGUGGAAAUGAGUUGUGUUUUUUUUUUUUUUCUUAUUUGCUCAUACUAUUAGAAUGAUGACGAUGAUAAUCACAAUGGGGAAAAUGGGAGGUUAUUUUGUUCACUGAGGAGCUGAGGGCGAGGUGGACUCGUGGUGGUGAUGGUGGGGAGGCUGUUGUAUCACUGGUUGGACUUCCUGUAGAGGAGGAGGGGUGAGGGUGGGAGGGCGGGAGAUCAGACGUGAUUCCCCACCCCCCUCCUCACCAUCGCAGUUGGAGGUACGCUAACGGCGGACUGUCCUGACAGAGGAACGUGUUUUUUUUUCUUUUUAAUGUUGGCCAUGAGGUUACUAGCUGCUCGCUGUGUAGAGUGAGUCAACUCCCUGUUUUAACCCUGUUCCUGGUUCUCAGACUGCAUUGGUAAUGUUUGUAUUGCUGUUGUUUGAUUGCACUCACAUUUGAUUACAGAAAGCGUCUAUAUAUGAAAUAAAAUACCUGCCAAGGACCCAGCGGUGGCUGCGUAUUUCAAUAA